UUUUUCUUCAACUGACUCAAGAAACACCUCCAAUUGAGAUAUCUGGCUCUGAAGUGGAUUCAACCCAUUGGAUCCCACUUUCUAUAUUUCUUGAUCCUCAGAUAACUCAAAAAUGGAAUCCAGCUUCAAUCGAUUUAUCAUCUCGAAUUGCCCCAAGAUCAUGGAUUAUCCAAUGUGUAUUAAAAACAUUUAUUGGCCGUAUGCACUUUCAUUGUAUCGAUUUACCACAAAUAAGUUCCAAUGCGUCAUCAAUAUCUGGUAAUAACAAUAAUCGAUCAUGGACUAUCUCAGAUAUUGAAACUUCAAAAACAUUAUCGACACGUCCAGAUAUUCAGAUUGGAUCGGUCACAACGUUACGGUUAUGGGGACUUACACUACAAAUGACUAGUGAUUUGAUAGAUAUGAUGUAUAAGCCCGAUGAAGUUCCACCCAGGAGAUUAGACGCUUUUAGGCCAAAAUUUGAUUAUUGGGACGUUAAUUUUUUUAGUUGGUUAUUUCUGAAAAGUAAUCGAGGAAAUUACAGAAGACAGCAGGUGGAUUUUGCAUCAAGAAG